UUCCUUUUGUUUCCAAGAAGAAACAAAAUACUUUGGUUCUUCUGAAAUGGCAGCUUCGAGUUAAACAAGCAUAUUUGCAGAUUCCUCAGAAAAAGUCCACCCACUGGGUCACAUGAUACCUGCAUGAACUAAGUUAAGAGCCACACUAUGAACAGGUAUCUCUCUCCUUGUGAACAACAUCAACCAUGGCAGAUUUCUCUAAGUGCUGUGUUAGACAUGGAAUUACCAUCUCCUUCUUAUGUUGCAAUUUAGAGUCUUGAUAACUGCAACUCCUUAGUAACAUUCCUGCCCACUGACUCAUAGCAGAUGUAAGCCUCAACACAACAGAAUUUAAUAGCAAAAACAAUCCACGGUCUGGGAAGGGCUCUGGAAUUCUUUGCAUCAGCUUGAGAAGAUUUAACAACUUUGAGUUCUGUCCAGAGGGUAAAGGUAAACAUUGAAGGUACCUGUGAGGGAGGAAGAAGGAAUUUGGGUUUCUGAAGAAUGAAGAUUUUGAUGUUGAUUGAUUUUAUCCUUGCAGCUAGCCUGAUGGAUGGCAUUGGCAGCUCUGAUCUACAGAACUGUUUUCAAGAGCAGAUACGACUUCAGGCCCAGGUGAGACUUCUGGAACAUCGUGUGAAACAGCAGCAGUUGAAAAUUAUACAGCUUUUAGAGAAGAAAGAGAUUCAGUACAAUGACAGAGGAGAUGAAAACAGUGUCAUUGACUUGGGAGGAAAAAGACAGUAUUCAGAUUGUGCAGAAAUCUACAAUGAUGGACAUAAGCGAAGUGGAUUUUAUAAGAUCAAACCAGUCCAAAGUCCUAAUGCAUUCCUUGCCUUCUGUGAUAUGUCUGAAGGGGGUGGCUGGACUGUUUUUCAGAGACGUUCGGAUGGCAGCCAGAAUUUUGAUAGAAUCUGGGCUGACUAUGAAGAAGGCUUUGGAAAUUUUGUUUUGCCAAAUGGUGAAUAUUGGCUUGGAAAUAAAAACCUUCAUUAUUUGACCAGUCAAGGGAACUAUACUUUAAGAAUUGAUCUAACUGAUUUUGAAGGAGAACGGCGUUUUGCACAAUAUACAAGAUUCAGAGUUGCAGGUGAAGAGCAUUCAUAUGAGAUGACUUGUGGUGAAUACUCGGGCACAGCUGGGGAUUCCCUUACAGGGGGUUUUCACCCUGAAGUAAAAUGGUGGGCUGAUCAUCGAGGAAUGAAAUUCAGUACUCGAGACAGGGACAAUGACAACUAUGAAGGGAACUGUGCUGAAGAGGAAAAGGCUGGCUGGUGGUUUAACAGGUGUCACUCUGCCAACUUGAACGGCUUGUACUACAAAGGGCCCUACACUGCGCGGACAGACAACGGCGUUGUUUGGUACUCUUGGCAUGGCUGGUGGUAUUCUUUGAAAUCUGUUGUCAUGAAGGUCAGGCCAGCAGAAUUUGAACCUGAUAUUGUUUAAGUAUUUUAUUAAGACGAUUUAUCUAGUUAAUCUUUCAGCAAAUCUAUCCAAAUUAAAACAGAUGGGCAGACUUUUGCUUCUCAUCUACACCUCUAUAAAUCUGGAAUAAUUCUUCAACAACCAAUAGCUUUUCAGAUGUAAAUGAGAAGAAAUCUGGCCUAGCAAUAUGUAGAUACAAACAGUAGUACUAAUAUGUGUACAGGAUUUUUUUUAAAAGGCAGGAAUUCACCUAGGAGUAAGGGCAUCUUUGUUAACAUGGUGAAUUUUUGGCUUGUGCAAUAACUCCAAGGCCUUUUAUCUUUUUAACAAAAGAACUCUUAUUUAUGUUUUCCUUUUCUUUCCCAUCAUUCACUUUUCAGCUCCCUGUAUCUGCAGUGGAAGCAGAUAAAUGGCUCAUACUACUUUGUAUUUUCUCCAUCAGGAUAUUAUUUUUAUAUAAGUCUUUGCACAGUAAUGGAUGUCACUAUAUUGCCUUAGAAAUUAUGAUGAAUUGUAUGAAUUACACCCAAAAUCUGUGUGAAAAGAACCUUAAGGUUGCCUUGCUCAGUGGAUGGAAUAUACUGUUUUUAGAAGGAAUCAAUGCUUUAGAGGAAAUGAGUUGUCUAUAAAUUCUUCUGAUUUAUUUGAUGCAUACACUGUGUACAUAGUAUGCAUAUAAUGUAUAAAGAAGGAGGGAGGGAACUGAAGGAACAGAGAUGCAACCAGGCUAGAAUCAAUUAAAUUGAGCAUAUACAAGUUCAUUGUCUCUGUCCCUGCUGAAGCAUUGCUAAAGCUGGUCACAUCAUUUCAAUCAAACAUUUUUAGAUGGUCACUAAUUAUGCUUUCCUUCUUUUUGAUAACGAACUAGAUAUCCUGGACCUUAAGAUACUGAUGUUUGGAUUUUUCCAAAAUGCUGAAUACCAAAAACUGCCACCGAUUUUCAUGUGAGCUGUGCUUUGAACACAGACUAUCAUAAUGCAUACGUAGAUGGUACUGUGUUUCACAUGGACUUUUAAUUCUGAUGUUUUAGAGGUUUUUAGUGCUUGACUCCGUAAAUCUUUCUUUAAGUAUUGGUCAGUCUCCAAGACUGUCCUAAUUUGAAUGUCCUUUCCAGUUACUUCUAAAUGGUUCUGCCUCUAAGUCUGUAUUUUCUCCUUUUCCUACAUCCUCAUCUUGACUCCUUGAGCUUUUCCCUUUCUCAAGCUACAGAUGCAUAUUUUUCUUGUACAAGAAAAAACCUGAGAGAGACUCUGCCUGUCCACUACUUCCGUGCCCACUAUCACAAUAGACUAUCAUAGUUAGCCAGGAAAACAAAAAUCUCUGAUUACUAUUUGCAGCUGUGGAGAUGACUGCAUACAAAAAGCUAUCUGCUGAAAUGUAAACCAUUUCUGCUGAGCAGGUAAAAAUUAAGAUUUUACAAAACACUUGGAUCUGUGCCAAAUUUAGGCAUUUUUCAUUUCCCUGCUUCCUAAAAUAAUUUUGUUUUUGCGAUUAUACUGCAGGUCUCUGUCUUUCUGUCUGUCCAAAUACAGUUUUUGAACCUGGCAGCCAGUUUCAGUCAUAUUUAAAAUAAUUGAGAAUAACUUGCCAACCUAUGGGUCAAUUCAUAUCUAUAUUGAUAUGAAUACGGUCAGUUGAAUGUGAACUCCCUGCAUGGCCAUUAUUCCUUCCAUUUCCAUCCUCCAAGAACAGAAUUUUGGUAAGAAAGAGUCCAUGAAAGAAUCUUAUGGAAUAAGAGAGGGAAGACAGACUGAAGAGCUGAAAAAAAGAGGUGCAUAUAAAACAAUUUAUCCCACUCAUUAAGAUAAAUCAGAUUACACUUAAAUGAAAAGGGACUGUAAGUAGAGAAAAAAUGAAGUUUGAGCAGGAAAAAAGAAUAUUAGCAUGCAUAGAAGCUGUUGAUAAAAAUCUGCAAUAUAGAGGUUUUCAGUCCUGUGUUUUUUCUGAUGACGGCAGAUAUUCCAAACAAUCCAACCUCUUUCUCAAGGUAUCAACAGACAUUCUUCCAGAGGUUUCUACCUUUAGCACAUCACUCUACCCCUGCAUGAGAUGACUAAUGGAUAGCUCUACUAGAACUGCUUAUUUGGAGCCUUCUUUAAUCAGUUAAAACAAAUUAAAUUCCAUAUCUGACAGGAAGACAUUCAGGCACUAUAUACAUAUAUAUACACGUACAUAUGUAUACAUAUAUCUAGAUAUAUAUUCAGCAUUCAGCAUUAAAACAGAACAUAUGAUACUUCAUCUAAUACAUCACAUACUUCUAUCCAAUUUUAUUACUGAACUUCAAAUGGGUCCCUGAAUAACUCUAUGAGCACUUUAUAGGUACGAGUCAUUAAGAAUAAGAUAGAAAUUUUGGAGCAGUUUAUAAAGAAGUUAUAAGAACAAUAAUUCCCAUGGCAAUGUUCAAAUUCUUUUGCUACCCUGAGAAGUGAAACAUUUAACUCUCUGCAAAAACACAGAUGACAUUAUGCAGAAAUUGUAAAAACACCCUUAGUUUUUCACAGGAAAAUGGAAAGAAGAUUAGCUCAUAUAUUUGGAGAGUAUCAUGCCAGAUCAUAUUGCAUUUGAUGUAAAUAUAAGACAUGGAGGAUUUAAAUACAGCAAAGUUGGAUCUCUAGCACAUGAAAAAGACUCUUACUAACAUGUACAGAUUGUGCUGAUAAAAUCUGCAAUAUUUAUUUUGUUUGCUACAGUAUAAAUCCAUCCUCUUUAUUGUGAGAAUGCUAAUGCAACCUUUCAGCUGAAUUAGGACACUUUCUAAUGUAAAAGUUGCAAGGAAUAAAAGUUGACUCCCUUUC